CAACGUUUCGCUGCAACACUUCUAAUUUCAUUCUACUCGUCGAGUCUUUCUUUGUCAUCGAAUGCAAGUUUAUUCGUAAAUUAUUAUUCAACGUACCUAAUACGUGAAAUAAAAUGUGAACAUCUUACCACUGUUAAUUAACGCGAUCGCAGUGUAACUUUUAUACUAAAAAAAAUGCUAAAACAAAACCCACCUCUGUUCAGCGAUGACAAACCCAUAACCGCAGUUUGUGUUAUUGAAGAUGCAGUCAAAUGUCCUAAAGGAUUCAAAGCAAUCACCAAGUCGUACGAUGCUGACCAGCCUGCCGAUUUAGGCAAAGAUACCUCGUUCUUCGCCAAAAAAGCCACCAGAUAUUUAUGCAUAUCAAAAACCGAAAGUAUUGCCGAUUAUGUUUUAGAAGAUUUAAGAAUAAUUAACGAAAAAGAUCUGCCUCCAGAAGGCUACGGUCUUAUACCCAGAACAAUGGAUAGCGAUCAACGAAGCUGGCGUAAGAAGCAAUUAUGUUACAAGCUGUCGCGAAAAAAUCUAUGUCCCAAGUUCGUCGUCGAUAUUGUCAUUUUGGUGAAUAAAACCAAAGGAACUCCUCUAGGAUUUGAGCUCGUUGGAGAAUUAAAUGGGUUCCUAAUUUGUGUAAAAUUGCAAUCGACUGCACCUGUUGCUACCAAUCAUAUUGGAUCGUCGAGUGUAGGCGUCACGAACGGAUAUCCAAAAUUGAACGGUAAUGUAGCUAAUGUGAAUGGCCUAAUGUCCAAAUGUGAUAUAAGCGGUAGCAAACAGAACGAUAACCACGAUUAUGAAAAUUUAAUAAUCAAACCAACUCGUCCUGCUCCAAGUAUCCCAAAUUCAAAUUCAGCCAAUCAAUGCGCUUCCAAUGCGUUUUGUCAAGGAUUACAAGGAGUACCAUUUGUAUUGAAUACUCGUCUAGAAUUUAGUUCGAAAUCACUACUUGACUCUCUGCCAUCGAUCACGAUCAAAACAAAAGAAGAUAUUGACAAAGAGUACUUCUACGAUUUCAAAGCCGAAAAAGAGCUGUGUAUGUUUUAAAAAGCGACGAAUCCCCGCCAAUCCUGCAUAUCCAAGGAAUCAAUUCUUGUCAUCGUUACGAUUACGAUUAUAAACGAAAUCACAUUCUCGUGAUUCAACGAAUAUUUCUCCUAAUCUAAGACGAUCGAUCGAUUUAUUAUUAAAUUUACCCUCGGUAGUCGAUCGUAAUCAUCUUAUAAAAUAAGUUAUUUUUCAUCGAGGUGCCAAAUAGCUUUAUAUUCAAAUUUUACUCGAACAAUUUUGUCGCCCGGAGCUGACGUUGUAACGAGUGUUUCCACACGUGUAGUUCGUUUUCAUGUUCCUCGAUUUUGUUCACAACGAAAAACAAAUUCUCUCUCUUUUUUUUCUCUCAAUUUAAAUUUGUUUUUCUAGACUUUUUUUUACGUGUAAUUUCGUAUCUGAAUGUUCGUACAAUUCGUGUAUUUUUUGUUCUGUUUUUAGUUUAACCAAUUUUUUUUUUCAAUUUUUGGGACUGCGUUUUUUUGCAUGACGUUUCAAAGCGCAAUUUUUUUUUAUUUUAAUGUUUGUACCUUCGUAGACCGACCGGUACUUUUUAGUUUCGUGUGUGUGUGUGAUCUUUUUCGAUGGUUACGGAUAAAAACAGUAUUAAUUGCUCACUUUAUAAAUAUUUCACGCUUGCGAGGACGAGGAAUUAAUUGGACAGAGGCGAAUUUGUGUUCGCAAUUAUGUAAUGGACGUGUGUAUGAUGAAGAUGAAAUUAUUCGCAUCGUUUUACAAUACGAUACAUUCUUCGUAUGGGUUGAAUGUCGACUGAGACUAUCUAAAAACCGCUAGCUUUAAAUAUCUCGAUGGUAUUUUAAACGGAUUUUCGAAGUAAAAAUCGCUGCUUGAUUCGUUGAUUGAAUUUUAUCGUUGUUUUUUUUCCAUUUUUUUUUUGUAUGCAAAGUACCGGAUUUACUUAUUUACUUAGUUGUGUUUUUUUUACAUCUUUGGUAUUAUCGAUUUAUAGAUUUGUAUGUUUCUCUCAUCAGCCAAUUAUAUCGUUUGCUUAUGACGUGAUAUUUUGUAUUUAUUUGUAUUAUCUAUACGAUUAUGUAAUGAUUAAUAACGAUGCCAUUUUGUUAUUUUUAAUACCUAUUAAUUUAUUUUCGAGCUUUUUUUUCUUUUUCGACGAAUUUUCUUUUAUAUUUUAUUUGCAUUGUCUGCGCUACGCAAAAUAGGCGUUUUUUUUUUACUAUUUAUUUUUAGCGGUAUAUUUAUCCAGUCGUAAAUGCCCAUAUUGAUUAAGACUGCGAUGUUAAUUUCGAAUUAAAUAGAAAUUUAUUUGUA